GCGGCCGGAAGUGGGCGGGCGGGGCCUCGCGGCGGCGCGCGGGCGGGCGCGGUGCGUGCUGACGUGGCGGCGGCACCAUGCGGGGCGGCGGCGGCUCGGACACCAGGCCUGGACAUCACAGACAGCAGAAGGCCAAGAGGUCUCUGGGAAGCAAAAAGCCUAAGCAAAUUGGAGAGAUGGAAGCUGCCGUCCCAGGACUGAACAGCAGCUGUGAUGAGACCGUCGGCGACGGUUCUUCCGCCUCGCUGCAGAGCCAGGUGAACGGCGCGGAGCCCACGGGCAAGCGCACCGUCCGCAGGCCCGCGUACUGGCUGGAAAUGAGGGGAGCGAAAAACGGCGAUAACAAGUCUCCGGGAAAAAAAGGAGAAGUACAGAAAGGCAAGAGGAAAUCUGAGCAAGGGGAAGGCGAAGAUCCUAAAGACUCUCCCAAGAAGAAGCAGAAGAUUUCAGGAAAAAAACAACAAGCUGGAACACAACAAAACUCCGAAACAAAAGGCCACGGUGUUCAGAAAGAACCAGAAACCUAUGAUGCAGGUAGUACGGAGGAGCGGUGGUCGCUGGAGAUCCGGGACAAAGGCCGAGUUACGUGUCCAACGUGCCGGGCCGUGGUGAGAAAGACUGUAGAAGGACUGAAGAAACAUAUGCUGAAUUGCAGGCAGGAAAUGUUCACGUGUCAUCACUGUGGGAAGCAGCUCAAGUCUUUAGGAGGGAUGAAAUACCACGUCAUGGCAGACCAUAACAACCAGCCAGUUGUGAAGGAGGGAGGAGAAGUGGAUGAGCAGCUUGAGCGAGACCGCCUUCGGAAGGUUUUGAAGCGUAUGGGCAAACUAAAGUGCACAAGAGAGGGCUGCACAGGCAGCUUCACCAGCAUAAUGGGAUACCUGUAUCACGUUAAGAAAUGUGGGAAGGCUGCUUCGGAGCUGGAGAAAAUGGCCAUGAAGUGCCACCACUGUGGAAAAGCAUACAAGUCAAAGGCAGGACUUGUCUACCAUCUCAGAUCUAAGCACGGCCCGGUCACCUUCCUCCAUGAGGAGAGAGCAGAGAGCCUGAAGGAAAUAAAGCGGGAGCCAAGCAGCACAGGCAGAGUUCAGAGGAGAUCUGCAAAGGUGGCGAUCUACUAUCUCCAUGAGCUGGCUGGAGAAGAGCUGGCCAAAGAGUGGCCCAAGAGGAAAGUUCUGCAGGACUUGAUUCCGGACGACCGCAAGCUGAAAUACACUCGUCCUGGACUGCCCACGUUUAGUCAAGACGUGCUGUGCAAAUGGAAAACGGAGAUAAAGAUGUACCGAAGAGUCCACUGCCCCAACCAGGGCUGUGAGUCCGUCUACGGCAGUGUCUCGGGACUCAAGUCUCACCUCGGCACAUGUACCCUGGGAGACUUUGUGGCUGGUAAAUACAAGUGUCUGCUGUGCGAGAAGGAGUUCAUCUCGGAGAGCGGCGUCAAGUACCACAUCAACUCUGUGCACGCCGAGGACUGGUUUGAUGCGAACACAACUACCACCAAAAGCUUUGAGAAGCUAAUGAAAAUCCGCCAAAGAGAAGAGCAGAAGAAGCAACGGAAGAAACGUCCUUUGACCCGGGGCAAAAAGAAGAGAACUGGGGCCCUGUCUGCCAAGAAGGUUCCCACGCCUGGGGUUGAAAAGAUGAGAAGUAAGAGAGGCCGUCCCCAGCGGGCAGACAACGAGAGCGCAAGUGCUGAGGAGGGGAAGCCCCCAGCUACGCAGGGAGCCGAACUUCCAAAAACCAGCGGCAAGCAUGGCCGCAAGUAAACCCCGACUAGAGGAGUAAUCCUAAAGCUUUUUAGUACAAACCACCUCCAUCAGGCUCGUAACCCACAGCACCAAGAUAAGCAACUGAAUGUUUUUGGGACUGUGACUCCACUCUGCCUGGUGACCGUUAUUUUGAAACUGUUGCCUCUGGUCGGCAGCGAGAGGCGUGGAGCGCAGGCUGGGCGCAGGGGCUGCUCCCGCCCUGGUUCUCUGGACAGUGGCACUAGCAGCGGAACCAGCGUCGUUCCUGCUCUGGUCACAGUCUCCGUUUGGGUCACAUUCGUUGUUUGUUUAGUGGUUCCCAGUACAGCAGCUGUCUGUUUCAUCAUCUAGCUCUGAUGGGUGAGAUCAGGGUCCUUUUCCAGCAGUUCUCCCUGUAAGGGACUGGCUCGCACAGUGUUCGGGCGAGGGGGAGCCCUUUCUUGCACAGUGUGCCCGCCAGCCGCGCGUUGCUGUGCAGAGCACCCAGGCUCCAGCUGCCCGCAGCUGUCCGGCUGUCGGCCGGGCUGUGGGAAGAGCCGCCCUGGCGCGUGCCCCGUCUGCUGCGCGCGGCGCUGCCUCUGCUGCCUGCCGGACGUGGGGCGCAGCACCGGGCGGUGGGACGUCGCUGUCACCCUGGUCAGGAACCCAGCAUUCUCCCGGCAUCCGUCUUCUGUGGUACCAGGCGCUGAAUGUAUGUGGAAGGUCUUCCAGCCCAGUGAGAACCGGAUACCCUCCGGCCUCUUGGAGCCUCACUGGCCUGUCAGAGACCCCCGGUAACUGACGGGCUGCAUUGACCUCUGAAGACCGCUUGUUCCAGACUCACCUGGGAAACAAACUCACUGCGAGAUGGCGCAGAUGUGCAACAGCGGUCUUGCUAAUGCUGAAACCAGGUUCUGUUGAACUGCCUUGCCAGUGUGCCCGUGCUCCCAUAUUGCCCCUUUUUUCUGCACUGUAGACGCUGCCUCUUGUCUUAUAUCACCUGUUUAUUUUCAAUACAGCCUCUUUCGUGUGCGUGAGGUGUAUUAGCAGUGGCUUCCCUGUGUGGAAAAGGUUAAAUGGAGAGGGUUUGUUAUCUUCAGUCACAUGUUGGCGUGAACUCUGAACCAUGGGGAGUAUCUCAGCAGGUGCCAUGCAAGCUGCCAGGAAGCAGCAGCACAGUCAGUCCCACUUUGUCUUUCAGAGAAUGUGUUCUACAGAACCUCUGUUAUCCGAAGACCCACUGUACUAGGAACUUGCAAAAUUUGACCUUUUUCUUGCAGUUUUGCAGGCACGAAAAUAGGCAGCUGGCUCCGCGUAACCUCCCUGUGAAUUUUCACUGUCAAAGCUGCUGGUGCAGAAUUCACGGGGAAGCUGCUGGGGGACGGGCGGGUUUGUACGUUUGUGUUGUUAUCAGGAUCGUGGUGCUGGCCCUGGGGGCGGGAAGGGCGGCGUGGCCGGGGGUUCUCCAGAGCUGCCCCCCAUGCCACGAGCUCGCAGAGCCCAGCGCGGCGCGGUCUGUCCCACGGGGAUCAGCGCUCUGCGGUGCCGGGACAGCGCCGGUGCCGCGCUGCGCGUGCAGGAGUUGCUCUGCCCGUUGGCAGCAGCUGCCGCUGCGGUUGCAGCGCUGCACUGCAGGUGCAGGUCUGUGGCCUUUGUGCGGCCUGCACAAGGUUUGCAGUAAAUGGGCAAGAUCAGAAGACAACAAAAUAAAACGUAACCAGUGCGAGAAGGUGGUUUGUUGUCUCCGUGGUGUGUAGGGUUCUCGGGACCAUCCCUCCUUGCUCAGCUCACCCCGUGUGUUGCCCUGCAUGCUCUGGUGCCGUUCAGUUGUCUGUCUGCUCCGUUCCUCCUCAGUGUUCCGGUCUACACAGCUGUACUUUGACCACACGUCUAUUGCCUUUCAGACCAAGAGAUGGACAACAUGAUAAACCCAUUAAUUAAAGAAGGUUUUUCUUAGCAGA